CGACUUUAAUCAGAAUAUAUGGUUCUAGGGUGUUUGCUCAACCUGUGUGUAAACAUUUACUGGGGGAUUUAAAAAAAAAAUCAUACCACAGAAUAAAUCCGGGUCACUGAAUGACUAAAAACCAAACUGAGCUGUGUGUCGGGUCCGUUUUAAGGAAAAUGUAAACCAAACGUUGUCAUCGUUUGAUGUUUGCUCAACAUGUGUGUAAACAUUUUCUCUGGUAUUUUAAAAAAAGAUUCAUACCACAGAAUAAAUCCGGGUCACUGAAUGACUACAAUCCAAACUGAGCUGGGUGUCUGGUCCGUUUUAAGGAAACUGUAAAUACUACGUUGAUAUCGUUUGUUGUUAAUAUGCGAAAAAAGAAAAAAAAAUAUAAUGUAAUUCAGUACUGAAAUAUGAGAACAUACAUAUAAUUAAAAUCGGUCACGUUUGUUGUUGACAUGCAGACAGUAUAUUCCCUCCACGAAUAGGUUCAAAUAUCCAACGGAUAUGCCUGUGGUUGUGGCUUCUUGGGGAGGAGGACAAUUGCUUCUUUGACAUGAACAUGUUGCGUGACUAGAACGUGUUUUUCUGUGUAUUCAUGACGACCACUUGAAGGUGAAGUCAAGGGAGGGAGCGACGUGUCUACCAGGCAGACAUUCAGCAUAUCCUGCACCCAAGAUGACAUCGUCCUUCCAGUCCCCCUUCCAAGAAGACGUCAACAUCAGCACCAUUGAGAUGCACACGGCAGGGGAACCUCUUAGGAUCAUCACCUCAGGAUUUCCGCAACUCAAUGGGACAACCAUUCUGGACAAGAGGAAGUAUCUUAAAGAACACUUUGACCAUUACCGUAAACUUCUGAUGUUUGAACCAAGAGGUCAUUUUGACAUGUACGGGGUCCUUCUGGUGGCCCCUGACGUAGACGGCGCAGACAUUGGGGCCAUCUUCCUGCACAACGAAGGAUACAGCACUAUGUGUGGACACGCCGUCAUUGCGUUGGGGAGAUAUGCAAUUGACCAUGGUUUGGUGAAGAACCCCACCAGUCCCGAGACUAGGGUGGGAAUACAGUGUCCCUGUGGGUUAGUGGAGGCCUUUGUGGAGUACCAGCCCGGGGGGUCGGGAUGUGAGGAGGGGAGGACAGGUGCGGUCAGAUUCCAGAGCGUGCCAUCGUUCCUAUUUGCCUCAGGUCUCAAAGUUGACGUCCCUGGGUACUGCAUGCAGAGUGUGGAUGUUAGCUACGGGGGCGCUUUCUACGCCUUCGUCACCGACAGUAACGUCGGCGUUACGUUGAAGUCAUCACCAAUGCAAGCUGUGGUGAAGGCAGCACACGCCGUAUCUGAGGCAGUUAAGUCGACCGUGUCCAUCUCCCAUCCCGACAGUGACGACCUGGCGUUCCUGUACGGCACCAUCAUCACUGACGGGAAAGACGCCUUCUCCGACAAGGUCACCGCCAAUGUGUGCGUCUUCGCCGACAGACAGGUUGACCGUUCUCCGACUGGGUCAGGGGUCUCAGCCCGUAUCGCUCUCCAGUACUUUAAGGGUCACAUUGGUCUGGGUCAAAGUCGAACCUUUGAGAGCGGGGCCACGGGUAGUGUCUUCACAGCGAAAGCUGUACAGGAAGUGACCUGUGGGGAGUUCAAGGCCGUUGUGGUGGAAGUUGGUGGCAAAGCUUUCUACACGGGAGGCAACACAUUCACCUUGGAGAGGGAGGACACACUAGGACAUGGCUUCCUGGUGCAGUAGGACACUAUGAAUCACCACUCAGCCUUGUUAGCACAAAGGAACUGUUCUUUCGGCCUGACAUGGAAACAUUUGUAUGCCAUUCUUGACCCACACACUCUUAAUUCCUGACAUGUUGCCCUCUUCCCUGAUACCACGUUGGCACCAUCAGUCAGUUACCUCGCUGAUGUCAAAUGUGCAAUCAAUUGAUGAUCUUCAGAUUAGCUUCUCCUCUUUCCCUUCUUGAUGCAAGAGAAGGCAAGGAUUCGUGUUCCACUUUGAGAGGAAAACACUCCACUUUCACAUACGAAUCACUGAAGACAUUAACACUUUCCUGGGAUGUUCGACAUGAUCAUGCUGUGCUGCCACCAAUACAGUUUUCAGACCUGUCAACUCAAAUUUUUUA